GGUUGUGGAGAGGAGCCGGCAGUGAUCGGUGUGACUGGAGAGACUGAGGGGUCUGGAAGGGGAGGCGGGAAUUCUGCAGUGUGUAAGAGUCUGAGGAGAGGGAGAAGAAGAGAGAGCGAGAGCGGCACAGCGGGACAGGGAAUCAACACGUGUGUGUGCGCAGAGUAGCAAGCUACGAUGUCUGACAGGGGCCCCAGCGGAGAUGCUGGCAACCCCAGUGGGAUCAGACCCGCCAUUACGGUGGGCAGGGGCCUGCCGGGCCGCCGGAAUUCAGCCACCGUCACACCAGGCCGCCUGCCUUCCAUCCGUUCACGAGACCUGACCCUGGGAGGAAUGAGAAAGAAAACAUUCACUCCAAACAUCAUCAGCAGGAAAGUUAAGGAAGAACCUAAGGAAGAUGAUGCAUCACAGAGGAAAGAGAAAAAGGAGCGAGAAAGAGAUCGGCAAAGAGAUGGUCGAGGCCGAGGGAGGGGCAGACCCGAGACCAUUCAGUCCCAUUCCAUCUUCGAGCAGGGUCCUGCUGAAAUGAUGAAGAAAAGAGCUGGUUGGGAUUCCUCCAUGGACAUGAAAGAGUUUGGAACGUCCCCCAUUAUUAACAUUAAGAAGGAAAAGCGGGAAUCAGAGGAGGAAACCAAGCAAAUUCUCCGCAUGCUGGAUCGGGAUGAUUUUAUUGAUGACCCUGGUCUGAAAAACGAUGCCCACAACAUGCCAGUGCAGCUUCCACUAGCCCAGUCAGGGUGGCUGUUCAAGGAGGAGAUGGAGGAAGAGGAGGUGAAGCCCGAGCUGACCACCAAAGAGGAAAAGAUGGAGAUAGAUAUCCCUUCUGUGAAAGUAAAGCACGAGCCUGGUGAUGAAGAUGCUGCAAAGGACAUUGCAGAGAAACCGAGCUUGGCGAGGAAGGCUCCGUCCGUGCCGAAGAACGUUUCUGUCGCUGAGCUACUCCGGGAGCUCAGUUUGUGCAAUGACGACGAGCUGCUGUUCCUUCAGCUCCCUGACACAUUACCGGGCCAGGCUCCCACCCAUGAAGAGAAGCCAAUCAAAGCUGAGGUUCAAAGCGAGGACGGGCAGACCGUGUUACUGAAACAGGAAAAGAAUCAGGAACUUAAACAAGCUGAAAAUACUUGCUCACUGAUGGAUUUAACAGAGGGUCAGAUUGGGAAACUACUGAUCAGGAAGUCGGGGCGGGUGCAGCUUGUUCUGGGGCAAGUCACCUUGGAUGUUACCAUGGGAACAGCCUGUUCAUUUCUCCAGGAGCUGGUUUCUAUUGGAAUUGGGGAGAACAGGACAGGAGAAAUGACGGUGCUGGGACACAUCAAACACAAGUUGGUCUGUUCCCCUGAUUUUGAAACUCUCCUUAAGCAAAGACAGUAGCUGGGAAUCCUAAGAUCCAAAUAUUGAAGAUCUUGCAAAGGAAAGCCAGCUUGAGGUCCAGCUGGAGGAUGUCAGGAGGCUUGGCAGAGGAACGAAAGGACAGUUCUCAGAAAAGACAAGAGUAAAUGUUUCUCUUGGAUUGUAAUGUGACAUGAUGAGAAUUAGUCCGGGUUCGUUCUCCUGCAUACAAUGGCUGAUGUCACUGCAGGUGCACUGUGUGAGUGAUUUCAGGUAGUUACAUCUUUGGUCAUUCAGAGGAAGUGAGAGUCUAAGCUCACUGGGGUUAUACAACCCACAAGGUGAGGAGUCCCUCGGAGUCCAGGCUCUGUGUUUACAUUUGCACUGUAUCACUUUCUUUGUGUUGAUGAUCGCAAGACCUUGCCUUGUUCCUCAGCCGGUGGUUGGGACGGGAGAUGUCUUAGUGCCCCUGACACAAUACAACAGUCAGCACUGAUGUUGACUAUUGCUCAGAGGUGGUAUGCUCCCUUUUCUGCUGAAUGUUUUGCAAAUGUAUGAAUUAUUUAAAUAUGCUUUAAAAUAUUUUAAUAGAAGGUGUAACUUGUUCCCAAGAGCUGAAUAUACUUGAGUAUUCUAACACAGCAACUGGACUUCUUAUUCAUAGCAAACUAUAGCACAGAAACAGGCUCUUUGGCCCAUCUCCUCCAUGCUGAACUGUUAUUGUGCCUAGUCCCAUGGACCUAGACCUGGACCAUCACCGUCCAUACCCCCUCCCAUCCAUGUACACAUUCAAACUUCUCUUAAAUGGUACUACUGAACCUGCAACCACCAGCUCUGCUGGCAGCUCAUUCUACACUCUUCCCUCAGGCUCUCUUUAACCAUUUCACCUUCUCCUUUAACCUGUAAUCUCUAGUUCUAGUCUCCCCCAACCUCAGUGGGAAAAGCCUGCUUGCAUUUACCCUAUCUAUAUCCCUCAUAAUUUUGUAAACCUCUAUCAACUCUCCCCUCAUUCUCCUACACACCAGGGAUUAAAGUCCGAGUUCAUUCAGCCUUUCUUUAUAAACUGAUAUCAAAUCCCCACAACAUUCUUGUAAAUUUUCUCAGUACUCUUUCAAUCUUAUUGAUGUCCUUCCUGUGACUAGAACUCCAGACAAUUAUUCUUGUGAUUAUUUUAAAGAACAUAAUCAUUUUAUAUAAUCCAGGAAUUGCAAUAUUAACAAAAAUCAGUGGGUUGUAAAUGGUGCUUUAUAUUUUACCAGCAACACUUAACCCCCAGUUUUACCACUCAUGCCUGUAGAGACAGGAUCAUAGCCCAUGGCACUUCACCUUGCUUUAACACAGUUUAAAGCAUGCUCUCCAAACAGCAGGCAAUGUCAAAUGUGAUGGAAAUCAGAAUCAGGUUUAUUAUCACAGGCACGUCAUGAAAUUUGUUGUUUUGCAGCAGCAGUACAAUGCAAUACAUUAAAAAAAACUAUAAAUUGCAAUAAGAAAUCUUUUUAAAAAGUAGUUUAAAGAAGAGCAGAAUAGUGAAGUAGUGUUCAUUUGCAUUCAGAACUCAGGCGGAGGAGAAGAAGCUGUUCCAAAACCAUUGAGUGUGGGCCUUCAGGCACCUGUACAUCUUCCUGAUGGUAGCAAUGAGAAGAGGGCAUGUCCUGGGUGAUACCAGUGAUCGAUGCCACCUUCUUGAGGCCUGAUGGAGCUGAGUUUACAACCUUCUGCAGCUUUUUCCAAUCCUGUGCAUUGGCCCCAGCCAAAAUGCUCUCCUUGGUACCUCUGUAGGAACUUGCUAGAGUCUUUGGUGACAUACCAAAUCUCCUCAAACUCCUAAUUAAAUGUAGUCACUGUUUGUAAUCUCAUCAAUAUGUUGGGCCCAGGAUAGAUCUUCAGAGAUGUUAACACCCAGAAAGCUACUCACCCUUUCCACUGCUGACCCCUUGAUGAGGACCUGCUGUGUGCUCUUGGUCACAGGGAGAACGUGCAAACUCCUCACAGACAGUGGUGGAUUGAACCCAGAUCACUUGCACUGUAAUAGUGUUACGAUAACCACCACAUUAGUGUACUGCCUAGAUGUGGGUCCCGUACCUAAGGAAUGUUGGGCUGGCAUUAAGGAGGGCCAGACUAGGUUUACAAGAAUGUUCCUGAAAAUGAUGUCUCUGUGCUGUAUUUACAGGAGUUUAAAAAUAUGAAGGGGAAUCUCAUUGAAACCUACCAAAUAUUAAAAAGCCUAGAUAGGUUGGAUAUGGGAGGAUGUUUCCAAUGAAUCUAGGACCAGAGGGAACAGCCUCAGAAUAGAAGGACAUCCCAUUGGAACAGAGAAAAGGAGGAAUUUCUUUAACCAAGGGUGUUGGAUCUGUGGAAUUCAUUGUCACAGACGGCUGUGGAGGACAAGUCAUUGAGUAUAUUUAAAGUGGAGAUUGAUAGGUUCUUGAUUAGUAAGGGCAUCAAAGGUUACGAGGAGAAGGCAGAAGAAUGAAGUGGAGAGGGAAAAUAAAUCAGCCAUGAUGGAAUGGUGGAGUAGACUUGAUGGGCUGAAUGGCCUAAUUCUGUUCCUAUGUCUAAUGGACUUCCCUGUCCUGAAGUUCAAUAUGCCUUGGUCUUACUGUCAUUGAGCACAAGGUUGUUGCAACACCAUUCAACCGGCCAAUCUGUCUCAUUCCUGUAUGCCGCCUGCUUGCAAUCAGAGGUUCUGCCAAUAGCAGUUGGCAGAAUGCCAAUUCUGAUGCCAAAGGUGCAAGUGACUCCCUAUUACUCAACGUAAGCAGUUAUAUGGGUCAAAAAUAAUUGCGGCAGACGUGGAGGGAUUUUCUGUAACGGAACAAAGGCACUGUGUGAUCUGGGAUUUAAUAGGCAGAAUUCCGAGGCAGUAAAAAAAGCAUCCUUGAUUCAGCAUCAAGUCUUUGUUUCAAAAGACACAAUGUGAAAUUACAGAAUGUUACUGUGAAGGUGUACUGAGUCCCAUUGUAGUUAGAGGGUAAAUUCUAGUACAUCUUAUUGGUAUCAGGGGCGUUCCCUGUGCUUCAAAUGGCAGGGUGGAGAUGCGUCUCUACCAGAGGAGGUAUAAGGCAAUAAUCCUUCCCUCUGCAGGUCGCAGGUCACCUUUGGGCAAGGUGUUGCACCUGCUUAACAUCCCCCCACACCUGCUUAGCCCCCCGAUCAGGGUGACGUGAAGCCAUGGGAGCAGGUGGUGGAUGGUUGUAUGAGCAGCUGGUGCAUAUCACAAGUCCUGGUUAUGUGACCACUUAUGCCAGGCAGAAAAAUCUCUGAAGAGUAUUGAUAAUGGCUGGGUUCACCUGUCUGUUAAAGACACUGCCCAGAAGAAGGCAGUGACAAAUCACCUCUGUAGAAAAAUUUGCCAAGAACAAUCAUGAUCAUGGAUAGAGCUCCAUUGCCCUCGUCACAUGACAUGGCACGAAAUGAUGAUGACCAUGUGCUGGCUCUGUGAAAAGGCUUUCAUGAACAGUUCUACCCAUAGAGAAAUAUAAACUUGCAGAAGAAAAUAGGUCCCUUGGCUCCCAGUGUCCAUUUUAACCCCAAAUCACUUUCCAGCCCCAGGACUGUAGCCUUGUUGAUUAUAGCCCUCCAGAUGCACAUGCAAGUUUUUUUUAUUAAGAUAGAUUAGUUUUAUCUGUCACAUCGAUACAUAACAGUAAAUUGCAUCCUUUGCGUCCAAUCAAAUCACUGAGUACUGUGCUGGGGGGCAGCCCUCAAGUAUUGCCACACUUCUGCCAGCAACACAGCACGUCCACCAUUGCUAAUCCAAACCCAUACGUCUUUAGAAUGUGGAAGGAAACCAGGGCACCUGGAGGAAACCCAGUAUUCACAGGGAAAACGUACAAACUCCUUGCUGACAGUGGUGGUAAUUGAACCCCAGCUGGCAUGGUAUAUACACAGUGGAUUCUGGUUAAUUGGGGUGGCUGCUUUAUUUGGGACCAUUAUGCCAUUUAAUUGGGACAGGAGACUGCUGCUGAAUGGGUUCUAACUAGCGUCAGUUGCAUGUGUUACUGUUCAAUGAGCAAUAAGACAAUUCAGAACUGUUUUGCUCACUGCAGUUUCAAAUACUCAGGCUUGGAGAUGCCAGAAAUGGCCAGGAGUGAAAAUGAAACUAUUUCACUACUUCAACAAAUUAGGAACUAUCAAGAUUUUGAAGGUAUUGACAAUCAUCUUGAAUGUUACAAUGAAAAUAAAGGAUACAAUGUAAAGCAUUGUAUGAAGGCUAUCUAUUAUAUGCACUAGGUGUAUGUGCUGAUUUUGUUCAUUUAUGGUCAAUCAAAACAAUAUGGCAGCAUACACUGGAUCAAUGACUAUUAGGAACUAUUACAGUUUUAUUAUAGUACUGUUGUAGUUUUAGUUCUAAUUUGUUUGGUAUUUCAUUUAAAUACAUAAUUUGUUACUCAGUUGAACUUUACCUUGUCUUUUUAAAUUUUUUUUCCAUAAAGCUGUGGAUAAUUGAGGCAGCCACUUAUUUGGCCCAAAAUGUACUGGAUCUGACCAAUGUGUCCUAAUUAACUGGAAUCCCGUGUGUGUGUGUGUGUGUGUGUCAUGCAAAAAGAGAGGAAAAAUAGUGAGGUAGUGUUCAUGAUUUUAAAUGUACGUCAUGGGUGUGUUUUUAUUGAAAUUCAUUGCAGUUGGGAAGUGAUUAAUUGGUUAACUGGAAGUUUAAAGUAAAUUUUUUUAUCAAAGUACAUUUAUGUCACAUAUACUGCCUUUUAUUUUCUUGCGAGAAGCAAUCAACAGAUGCAGCACAUCAGCACCACGUCGGUGGUGGGGAAACUGCUGGAGUCAGUUAUCAAAGAUGUGAUAACAGCACAUUUGGAAAGCGGUGAAAUCAUCGGACAAAGUCAGCAUGGAUUUGUGAAAGGAAAAUCAUGUCUGACGAAUCUCAGAAUUUUUUGAGGAUGUAACUAGUAGAGUGGAUAGGGGAGAACCAGUGGAUGUGGUAUAUUUGGAUUUUCAAAAGGCUUUUGACAAGGUCCCACACAGGAGAUUAGUGUGCAAACUUAAAGCACACGGUAUUGGGGGUAAGGUAUUGGUGUGGGUGGAGAAUUGGUUAGCAGACAGGAAGCAAAGAGUGGGAAUAAACGGGACCUUUUCAGAAUGGCAGGCGGUGACUAGUGGGGUACUGCAAGGCUCAGUGCUGGGACCCCAGUUGUUUACAAUAUAUAUUUAAUGACUUGGAUGAGGGAAUUGAAUGCAGCAUCUCCAAGUUUGCGGAUGACACGAAGCUGGGUGGCAGUGUUAGCUGUGAGGAGGAUGCUAAGAGGAUGCAGGGUGACUUGGAUAGGUUGGGUGAGUGGGCAAAUUCAUGGCAGAUGCAAUUUAAUGUGGAUAAAUGUGAAGUUAUCCACUUUGGUGGCAAAAACAGGAAAACAGAUUAUUAUCUGAAUGGUGGCCGAUUAGGAAAAGGGGAGGUGCAACGAGACCUGGGUGUCAUUAUACACCAGUCAUUGAAAGUGGGCAUGCAGGUACAGCAGGCGGUGAAAAAGGCGAAUGGUAUGCUGGCAUUUAUAGCGAGAGGAUUUGAGUACAGGAGCAGGGAGGUACUACUGCAGUUGUACAAGGCCUUGGUGAGACCACACUUGGAGUAUUGUGUGCAGUUUUGGUCUCCUAAUCUGAGGAAAGACAUCCUUGCCAUAGAGGGAGUACAAAGAAGGUUCACCAGAUUGAUUCCUGGGAUGGCAGGACUUUCAUAUGAAGAAAGACUGGAUGAACUGGGCUUGUACUCGUUGGAAUUUAGAAGAUUGAGGGGGGAUCUGAUUGAAACGUAUAAAAUCCUAAAGGGAUUGGACAGGCUAGAUGCGGGAAGAUUGUUCCCGAUGUUGAGGAGGUCCAGAACGAGGGGCUACAGUUUGAGGAUAGAGGGGAAGCCUUUUAGGACCGAGAUUAGGAAAAACUUCUUCACACAGAGAGUGGUGAAUCUGUGGAAUUCUCUGCCACAGGAAACUGUUGAGGCCAGUUCAUUGGCUAUA